AUGGACUUAAGCUCCCCAAUCAUCCAUUUUCUCCUGCAUUCUCUUUUUCUUGUUGCUUUCAUUUGUCCUAUUAACUCUUCAAAAAUAAUCAAUCAUCAAAAACUCAACCAAACUUUACGAUAUGAGGAUCAAUUUAAGAAAUUGAAUGAAACGUUAAAAUCACACUUUCAACCAAUCAAUAAGUUUGCAGUCAAGGCAAUUCAGAGUCUUGAAGGAGAUAUUAUUGACUGUGUUUUGAUUCAUAAACAACCAGCUUUUAAUCAUCCUUUAUUAAAAGGACACAAACUAUGGAAUCCUCCAAAAAAAUCAAAAGGGCAUAAACAAAUAACUAAUUUGAGUGAUAGCAUUCAGUCUUGGAGUUUAUCGGGUGAAUUUUGUCCAGAAGGAACAAUACCAAUUAGAAGAAGAAAAGAUAAAUUUUUUGAAAGAAAAGAUAUAAGCCAAAGACAUUAUCAUGCAACUGCAAUUGUGGAAGGGGGUUUCAAAGGAGCAAAGGCUAACAUAAACAUCUGGACCCCCUCAGUGGAAAAGAAAGAUGAAUAUAGUGCGGCUAAAAUAUGGAUUAUCUCUCAAUCAUUUUCAGAAAAUAUUGAAGUUGGUUGGCAGGUCUUCCCAGGUAAAUACGGGGACAACAAGACACGAUUUUUUGUUUAUUGGACCGCUGAUGGUUAUAAUCAAACAGGAUGCUAUAAUUUAGAAUGUCCGGGUUUUAUUCAAACUAACCCAGAAAUAUAUCUUGAAAGGGCAAUUGAUCAAACUUCCACAUAUAAUAGUAAUCAAUAUGGUUGGAGCUUAAGGAUUGAAAAGGAUACGGAUAGUGGACAUUGGUGGCUUGGAUAUGGAGAAGGACAUAUACUUGGAUACUGGCCAUCCAACCUAUUCAAAGAAUUAAAAGGUGAAGCACAUUUAGUUCAAUUUGGUGGAGAAGUACUGGAUAUAAACCCAUCAGGGUAUCAUACUGCCACUUCCAUGGGUAGUGGUCAUUUUGCUGAAGAGGGUUUUGGAAAAGCUGCAUAUUUUAGUAAUAAUCAAGUUAAGGUUUCUUCUAAUGUUUGGAUUGACCCUCCAGAACCCAAAUAUUCAGUAGAUCAUCCAAAAUGUUAUAAUCUUGAAAGUUGGUUUAGUUCAGAUGCAGGAUUCCACUUUUACUAUGGUGGACCUGGUAGAAAUGGCAAUUGUCUUUAUGGGUAUUUAUAA